UCGGGGAAAGUAAGCGCAUGCAUGCAGGGAGGGUGGACGUUGUUUUCUCUCUUUGCGCGCUUGCGAAGCGCAUCGGGCUCUCCUCUCUCCAACUGCGCCUGCAGAAUUCAUCCCUCCCUCCCUGUUUCUCUCUCUCUCUCGCUAUCCCUCUCUCACAGAAGGUGUUUUAACUUUACGAAGGCGACAACAUUUCAUUCUCAAGGUAAACGCUUUAUUGGGAAGGGAGACCUUGUAGGAGGAGAGGGAGAUAACGAGACUGUGACGGCGGCAUUUUGCCGAGCGGAGACCUGUUCAGCCCGAAAUGAUUGACUAUUUCUUGAAAUGAGAAAGUCUUAGAAAUGUCUUUUUCCCUGGGCGACACCGUCAGCAUCACAGCCACAAUGUACAGGCGGAAACAAGCGAGUGUUUGCAUCCUCCAAACAAUAUUUGGAUUGUCAAGAACUCAAAGAUCUGAGAGUGCUGAAUGCUGAAUGUCAUUAACAACUUCACUGAAAUCAGCGCACGCCAUUGAGGAACACAUCCUGUUUUAUUUCACCUGUCACUUUCCCAUCUCUUUGCAAGAGCUAACAUCACUAAGAAGCUCCCCCUGUGUACCGUUUGACACCAGUUGCUAUGGAGAAUCUCAGUGAGCUCCAGAACCCGUUGUUGGACAAAAACAGUAAGCACAUGGUCAACGGUUAUGGGGGUGACUUCCCUAAUAACCAGUACCAGGAAAACAUUAUUAAUUACUUUGCUGGUGGAGGAGAGGGAGGAGGAGGAGGAAAGGUGAAUAACGGCAACGUAGUGAGCGGAAGUAGUUACAAUACCAAUGGGAAGAUGAAAUCUCAGCAGCUUUUGGACGCCACCUCACUGCAUCUGGCGGUAGAGGCAUUCUACAGGCCUAACUUCAUCCUGUACAAGGAGGACAGUGGCAGCAUUAAGGCUAAGGAAUAUAAAAGCGAGUGCUGUGAGACCACAUUCACAGAGAAGAAGGCGAAGGAGGCAUCCAACACAGCGGGGGCGGACACGCCUGGCACCGAGGAUCCCCAGGCGAAGCUGCUGGAGGACGGUGAACACAUCAAGAUCCAAACCGUUUCCUAUGAGGUCGAGGAGGAGGAGUAUGUGGAGUAUGAGACUGACUGCUCCAGCGACAGCGAGAGCGAGGACAACUUCAUAGUCGUCCCUCCACGAGACCACCUGGGCCUGGCCAUCUUCUCCAUGCUCUGCUGUUUCUGGCCUCUGGGGAUCGCAGCAUUUUACUUUUCACAGGGGACCACCAAGGCAGUGAACAAAGGUGACUUCCCACUGGCCAACAUCGCCUCCAGACGGGCUUUGUUCCUCGCUGCUCUCUCCAUCACCAUAGGCACCGGUGUGUAUGUGGGGGUGGUGGUAGCUCUCAUUGCCUACCUUUCUAAACCAGGACACAUAUAGCAGCUGCACCUUCCCUCCAACACACCUCCCAGGAGCCCAGGAAAAGAACAACCUCCCCCCCUCCCAUGGGAACGGCAUUGCUCCUGCACACUUCGAGGAAAUGUUUUUUGGUUUCGGGGAUGCACAGUUUUUUCCCCUCCGCCUUCCUUUCUUUCCAGCUUUCUCUCCCUACAGGCCCUCUGGCAGCCACCAUUAGCCACAGUGACUGGAGAGAGGUCAAGCUGGAGGGUGAGAAGAAGGGGAAUUGGGGAUAGACAAAGUUUUUCUUUUGUUGAGACAGUGAGAGGGUUUGAGUAAUGGAAGUAUUCCAUGUUGGAGUGCAGUUUGCAUCCCCUGUUGGCUUCAUCCUCUUUUUCCUGGUUUUAACUUCCAAGACCCCGACAGACACAUCGAGGAGAAGAGACAGAGGCGAUAACGCUGCACACUUAAGCAAUUAUUAAAGAGCAGAGGUAUAGGUGGGUUAGAAAUUAACACAAAAUCACUCUUAAACCAACUCAGUGUCAUUGCUAUUUGAGCUGCAGUUAAAAUAAGAGUCUCUCUGUGGAGUCCCGACUCCUGUCAUCUGACUUGAGCUGCCCUCAUCGACUCAAAAACACCAAGGCUGCAUUUGUCUCUCGGCUCACUGCCUCACAGCAGAUGACCACACUCGCAUUUUCUGAAAUCGUGACAAAGGAGGGUUUUCCUUUUGCUGAGAAACUUUAGAAAAGAAAAUACAGACCUGCUAAUUAUAAUUUAAAUCAAAGAAGCUCUCAGAGGAAAAAUAAAAAGAUCAAACACAAUCAGACGCUGUUUCUGACUCAUUGAACAAUAUGCACUGGCAUGAAUUACAAGAAUCUCAAUGGAGCCUCAGGCCUGUAUUUUUACCUCUGAGGUGUCCAUCAAAGACAGGCUCUGAAAGCUAACAAAAUCUGUUUAUGCCAGAUAUGGUUGCCUACGUACACGCAAAUUUGCUUUGUUUUUAUGUUGUCUUUUUGUGUUCCCUGCUGUCUAACGGCACCUUGAUUAAUCUUGCUUUAAGGAAUGUUCAUUUGUAGCCUUUGAAGUAAAGCACAUGCGAGGUGGCCAGAUGGUCAGAAUUUCAGAAGGAGGGCGCCUGAGUAGCUCACCUAGUAGAGCGCGUGCCCAUAUGUAUAGAGGUUUACUCCUUGACGCAGUAGUCGCUGCGGCCCUUUGCUGCCUGUUGUUCCUUAUCUCUCUCCCCCUUCAUGUCUUCAGUGGUCCUAUACAAAAUAAAAGCCUAAAAUACCCAACAAAUUCUUUAAAAAAUAAAUAAAAAUAAAAAAAAGAAUUUCAGAGGGAAAGGGUGCACAUUGUCUCCCUAAAAACACUGCAUCUGCUGAGGCAAUAUGAAAUGAAACAUCAGCCAUUCACAAUGGGCAAUAUAGUUAUGAAUCAGGUAGGUAAUAUCAUUAAAAGGCAGGCCUUACGUGUCCUCCAGGGCUGCGCAUAUAAACAAAGUGUCGCAGUGUGACAGCUUUGAAUUUAGCCUUGAUCAAUUACUCUUUGCAUGACUCUAGCUGUAUGCCAGCAGUAUUACUGCUACGCAUGAUUGAUUGGAUUGAGAACUCUUUUUUGUCAGAUCAUAAAAAAGCUUAAAUUAAAAUUGAUCAGGCUCAUAUUUUGUGCAAUGCUUAAACCCACAUUCCCCAAUUCGGCUAUUAAAACAGAGGACAUGUCACAGUGAUAAAGCAUUGAGACACUUCAAUUUGCUCCUUCACAAUUUCAAGAUUUUUUUACUUAUUGUAUGAAGGGCUUAUUACUUUUUUUGUUUUGAUAUUGUAGUUGCACGCCGAUGCUAGUCCAUGCCUCAAGAGGUGACAUUAUACACUUAGUUUCUCUGCACAGGUACUGCAUUAGUCAUACCUGACAUUUAUGGUGCACAAUUAGCUCCCCAUAAUGGCUUUUUCUGAAGGAAUGUGUACUCUCUGGAGCAUAGCCCUAAAAUAGCACAACCACAUUAAUUUCACUAAUAAGCAACUUUUGGCGUCACUGGUUGCUGUCAAAAGCUGCAAGUAAACAAUCAAUUUAGACAUCCACGGCUCUGUGAACAUUUUAAAAUAACCAUGUAAGUCGGUUCUGCUGUGCUAAUGAAGAGCGAAUAUUGCCCUUAUUCUCCACAAGGGGACAUUUCCAGUGCGCUUUGUUUAAAUUAAACGGCAGCCAAGACUCUCAAGACUUUCCUUUGAAUUGUAUAUUUGGCUGCCUGUAUGAAUAAACAUCAAGGCAGUCAGUUAAGUACAAUAAGCUAAAUGCCGAUUGAUUUCUAGGUAUUUGUUUGGGGCCCUAAGAUUCACCUCAUUGAGUUUCUGGUCAUGUGAGAAGAUGAUCAAUACACCCUUAUAACCUCUGAGCCCUUCUGACCACAUCUUCCAGUGGUAACUCAUGAGCUACCGAUUCUUCGUCAGUGUACGCACACAUCAUGGCCAUCACUGUAACUAUACUGAAAUACUCUGUACACCUGCUUUCAUCUCUCGGAGAAAGUUUUAUUGCUGAUAACGAUGAACAUGCUUUGUGUUAUGUAGCGUGUCAUUCAAAAUGAUGUGUUUUUAUCUGGCUUCUUUGGCAACCUGGUAUUGUGCAAUGUGUUACAACAGUACGUGGGUUUCAAUGCUGUUGUUAUUUCCUUCUCAUCGUGAUGAGUUAAUGUACAGAUCCACGCAACAAAGACGUUUGCUGAAUGCGUUGCUCAAUGCCAGGGUGACAGCGCUCUAUUUGUGUCGUGCUCUUAAGCCGAAUUAAAGAAGAUGACAUUGUUUUAUUAGGUUUUGGGGAUUUUGUUUCCUAUCUUGUGUGAAGGCAACAUGUACAUAGUGCAAAUAAAGACAUGUUCAAAUGUAAUGACAAAUAAAUCAGAAAGGAAGGAUGUCCUUUCUUAAAAGCAAAA